UAGCUCAAAAUAGUCUAACGAUCAAUUUUAAAACAAAAUCAGUUAUAGAAGAAACUAACAUGUUGUCAACGUACCUAAAUAAAACAUUUGAUCCUAAGCAGAAAUGUAUACAAGCAAUAGUAGAUGAUGCUAUAACAAAGACUACCACAUUACUACCGUCAUUGUACCAGAUAACACUGAAUAAUUUUUCUUCGCCUAAAACUAUUGAAUUGAUGAUUAUUGGCAAUGAAACGACCUCAAAAGAAAAUAUUCAUUUCGAAAGUCUUUGUGGAGCAGUAGUAGUUAUCGUUAAACGUCUAAGAAUUGUAAAAUGGGCAUUAGACGAAUUUCAGAGGAGUACAGCAGAACAAAUGUUGCUUAUGGUUAUUUUAAAUACCUCAAAGCGCAAAGCAAUUCAAUUAAGUAAAUAUACGCCUAAAUAUUUCGAUUACAAAGAUGUGGUUAUAGCAGUCGUAGAACCGAAAAAAGAAACAAUUUUUCGUAUGGAUUUAGAACAUCAUAAAUUUAUUAGAGCUUUUAAACACCAAGAAAGAUGGAUCCAACUUGACAAGUUUAAAAAACAAACACUAAAAAAUUUUUACGGCGCUCCGAUGAAACUGUUCACAUUCAACAAUUCCUUGUUCAGCAUUGUCAACGAAAAUAGCAUAACUAAAGAUAUAGAAUUGGGAGAAGGUAUAGAAUGUCGUAUAUUCAAAGAGAUCUCUAGACGUCUAAAUGUUACUGUAAAUUUAAUAUCAUCAAAAAAACACAAAUGGGGCCAAUUUGUGUCUUCUAAUGGAUCUUGGACACCUGGUUCAACUAAAUAUUUGCAGGAUAAAAUAGUUGAUGUCGCAUUAGGUUCACUGUGGAUCGAACAAAAUAAAUUUACAUUUAUCGAUAUAUCCAAUCAUUGGGGAUACGUUUGCUUAAAAUUUCUUGUGUCGAAACCUUCUCCGUUAACGAAAAAAUGGGGUUUGAUUUUUAAACCAUUCCCGUUAAGUUUGUGGCUAUUACUUCUCGUUGCUACCAUGAUUAACACUUUUACAUUGUGGAAGAUUGCUGUCUUUCAAAAAAAGAUAGGAUUUAAGCACGUUGAUAGUUUUACGUCACUACCAAACACCAUUUUUUUGGUAUUUGGUAUGUUGCAGAUGACUAAUCUUCCUGUACGACCUAAUCGUUUAGGUCCCAUACGACAUCUCAUAAGCUGGUGGUGCAUUUUUAUGUUUAUAAUAGCAACAAUAUUUUCUAGUACCUUAUAUUCAUACAUCACAUCUCCAGAAUACACUAAAAUUGUUACCAGUAUUGAAGAAAUGGUAAAAGAAGGAUAUACUUGGGGUUUACCUUAUGAUCCACCAUUUAAACAUUUACUCCAAAUGAAGGAGAAUCCAUGGCAUGUAUUAUUUGCUGAAAGAUUUAUACCAGAAAGUAACCUAAUCGACCGCAUUAAUCGCGUUACCAUUGGAAAAUACGCUGUUCUAACCAAAUGCAUCUACAAUGAAGCAUUUAUGGAAGCACAAGAUUUGCCUCCUUCGUUACUAAGUGACUUACGAACAACUAGAGAUUGUUUAAACUUAUACUAUAUUGGAAUAGGAUUUAGCAAACGAUCACCAUAUCUUAAACCAAGCAACAUGAUAAUAAGGCGCUUAGUGGAAAGUGGUAUUAUACGUUAUUGGACAAGACGUAUUUUUGAUAUGAAAGUUCCAUCUACUACAUUUGCACGGGUCUACGAACAAAAACCUUUCACAGAAAAAAAUAGGAGACCAACGCCUCUUACAUAUCACCAAUUCAUUGCAGUAUUAGUUGUAUGGUUAAUUGGUUGUAUAGUGUCUAUUAUAAUUUUCAUUUUUGAGUACAAGUAUGCUAUAUAUUAUAAUUAAACUAAUACCCUUCCUAUUCUGAUUAUAUCUAGCAUAGCAGCCGAGAAAUUAUUGUAAUUUUAUAAGUGUCUGAUAAAAUUGAAAUAGAGUUUUAAUUAAUAUGCUUAAGUGUUACAUUACUAAUUACAAUUUUACAAUAUUAUAUCAAUUUACAAAAAUUGAUAA